CCAGCUGACUCACAGAUUAAGGUUAUGUUCAAUCAAAAUCCGAGUUUGUUUUGUAUACAAAGAUGAUCUCACACCGUUAAACCCCAAUAAUGCACUUUUUUAUCCUUUUGACGUCUUUGUUCAUUCGAAAGUGUCGCAAAAUCGAAAUUGUUUGACACGAAAUCUCCUAGAAAUGGACAUUUUUGAAGAACUAGGUGUACCAAAAAAGUACCUGAAACCGACAACUAAAGACGGACAUUACAUAGCUCUGGUACAUAAAUCAUGGCUCAAGUCACUGGUAAAGUACUCAAAACUUGUGGAAUUCAUAGAAAGGGGGCGUUUUGACGCCUGGCCAGUAAGUGAGGAGGAGCUGGGGACUUCGUGGAGUAAAGUGUUUAUCUGUGUUUUUAAAAAACGUGAUGCUAACGUGAUUCCAUUACCUCGCAUUCGGAGUUUGAUCAAAGAUGACCCCCCUUUACUAUUCUGUCAAUUAAUGCAACAUAUUUAUCAAACGAAUUAUAAGAAUUUGUGGAAGGAGGCGUAUAAGAAAUACAACAGUAAAACCGAAUCAAAUAAAGAAACACAAAUUUCUCUAGUGGAAUAUAAUGAGGUUUUGAGAGAGAUUAUAACAAGGAUUUAUGGAUGCCCCAUUGUAAAUAUUUGCGACUCAAGACUAAUCACAGAGCAAUCAAAGAAUUUUGACGUACACUUAAAUAUAUUACCAGCUGUUUGUGCUGUAGAGACUCUUAACGCAAUUUUCGUCAUACACAUGCCCUAUUUUGACCACAAUUUGAAAGAUUGUGUUACUUUCAGCCCCGCAAUUUUAAAUAAAUGUUACGCCAAACCGUUAUUUAUAAUCUACCAAUUGUUACAAACUUUGAAAUCAAUGCAUGACCGCAGCCUCACUCUAGGGGAUAUCUCCUUGAAUGACAUUUACUUGACUGAAGACAUGUGGAUUUACAUAAUCCCAAGCAUCCACUCAAACAUUUACGUCCAAGAAACAAAAAAUGACACAAAAAGACACGUAAAUAUCUACGACUGUCGCAAAAACGGCCACAAAUUCGACCUAAAUCUCAAAUGUGAAGGCUGUGGAAUAAAAACAUACGACAAAGUUCAAGUCACCAAUGAAACUCUGCAAGAAUUAUGUCAAUUAUGGGUUGAAGGCCAAAUCUCAAAUUUCACGUACAUUUCCGCUUUGAAUAAGCUUUCAGGGAGGAAAUUGGGCGACCCCAAUUGCCACCAUGUCUUUCCGUGGGUCACCGAUUUCGCUUCAAGGUGUGGCAAAAACUGGCGCGAUUUAAAGAAAUCCAAAUAUAGACUUAAUAAAGGGGACCGACAGUUGGACUUGACUUAUGAAAAUGCGUCGUCGCAAGUGCCCCACCACGUGUCUGAUGUCUUGUCUUCAAUCACCUAUUACGUCUACAUGGCGAGGAGGACCCCCAAGUCGGUUUUGUGUAAGAAUGUGAGGACAAUUUGGGUACCAGCGGAGUACCCAAGCUCGAUUCAGAGAAUGCAAGAGUGGACUCCAGAUGAGUGUAUUCCAGAGUUUUUCACAGAUCCGACGGUUUUUAAGAGUAUACAUGACGAUUUGGAUGACUUGGAAGUACCCACGUGGUGUGCAGGACCGGAAGAUUUUAUCGAGAAACACAGAGAAGCCUUGGAGAGUGCACACGUGUCGGAGAGGCUACAUUAUUGGAUUGACCUCACUUUUGGAUACAAAUUGGCCGGCACCGCCGCUAUCAAGGCCAAAAACGUCUGCCUCCAUCUCGUCGACGACCACACCAAACUGAUGAAAUCUGGAAUUGUCCAACUCUUCACCCAUCCGCAUCCCCCAAAAGCCACUCCAACCCUCUUCUGGAACAAAAUACCCCCGAAAAUUUACAUCAGCAAGACCAAAUCGAAGUCACGUGACCGGAGCAACUCACCGGCUUUAGCCCUCGACUCAAAAACCGACGACGAAGACGUCGACGACGUUCCAACUUUCUCAAACCGAUCACUGGGCCUUUCCCGGUUUCUCUCCCGAAGUCGGUCAUCUCUCAAUGAAGAAAAACCGAAAAAUUCGACCCGAAGUUUAAGUUCAGGACCGAAAAAUCCGGCCUUUGCCUCACAUCUCAAAGUUCAAAGUUCGUCACUGACCACCGGAGUUAUCUACUUGCCGAAGGAGUAUCGCCCGGAGCAAUAUCUGGAGAAUUUGGAAAAGAAACAUUCGUUUUUCUCGAAAAGUUUUCACCUUGAAGAGAAACGGGUUAAAUAUCUGGAGGAUAAAACGCUCAAGGAGCAAACAAAUGAUGAUUGUUUGGUACAAAACGCUUUCACAAAUCUGAUUUUUAGUGAAAAUUUUGAAAAACGUUUGUUACAAGACAAUCAGAAUUUUCACCGCUCCAAAAUACAAAAAAAUGAAAAUCAUAUUAUUUGCAACUACUCUGAUAUCAUCUCAGCGAGACGCAUCCGAGAGUUGCAAAUUCUCGGAUGUCUCAUUGUGGAAAUAUUCAUGUCGAAACAGUUGCGAGCGUUAGGUGCCAACGAUUCGAAUUUGUCUUUCACCGACAGGUUUAAAGCCUGUCUUACAGUGGUCAAAAGUUGUGCCGAAAUCCCCCCCUGUAUUUCAUACGUUGUUCAUUUGUUACUCCAACCUGAUACUAUCAUCUUCAAGGAGUUCAAAUAUCCGUCCGUGACCAAUUUGGGAUUACCUCCACCAAGUGCCCAUCAGCUCCUGGAACCGCUUCUCCAUUCCGUAAUCCCCUUUUCUCGACUUUUCCCUUAUUUGUACUCGCUUAUCGCGACCCUCAAAGACUUCAAAAACGUGGCCACGGAGUUGGGAGUUUUGUACCACUUCGACUGUAACGGCGAAAUGUGUGCAGAAUACGAAAGUUUGGAACGGACGAAAGUGUUAUUCGCUCAAAACAUCGGUGAGUGUAAAGUCAAAUCCUGUGCCAGGAAUUUGGAGAGUUUACUGGAAGAGUUGAACACAACUACUGAUUUGGAAGUUGCAAAUAUACUCAUCCCGCAUAUCCAAGAAUUGAUUGAGGAUCCUCCAACAUCAGUCCUAGCUGCUUGGUAUUUAUUCGACCCGCUUUCACGUGUUUUGGGACCCCAAAAAACGGCAGAAAGUCUCCUUGAACCAAUUUUGAAAUUGUAUGAAAAUGAACCAACCGAGGCCACUUUGCCAUACUAUGGCAAAAUUGCGAAGUUGUAUCAUCAUAGUUUUCUCUUACGACUGAUUGUAAGACUUGGAUUGAAGUGUUUUUUGGAUAAUCUUGUAGCGCCUCUUGUGGAAGCCGUUGGUCGAUAUAAAGACUACGAAAAAGUCGAUUUUAUUCUUCACACACAUUCGGAAAAAUUUGUUCGGAAAACGUCGCAUUUGAAAACGAUGGAUACCGAACAUGUUGAUACUUCCGGGAGUGAUGACUCGAGUGUCUCAUCUGAUAAACGGCCAACUCCAAAACAAGAAGUCGCUGCUGAACCGGAAGUUUUUGAUUUUGAUGAUGAUAAACAAAACGAAGAACAAUUAAAAUCGCUGAUGGAACAUUUAGAGUUAAACGUAGCCUCUGAUUUGCCUUUUAAUCACUCGACAGCAGAGGAGGCAUUAGAUGCCACUCUAACUGAAAAUCUGGACCAAUUGAGAAGUCUCGAGGAACUCACCAUGAAUCUUAGUGAAGACGACAUUGAAAUUAGACCUGGGGUUUCCUCCCCAACCAUUCCAAUCCCUUCCACCAAACAAGAAUUCAGUAAUAUUAGUUGUGAGGUUGGGAGUAAGAAAAGUGACUCACUUCAACUCGAUUUAGUCUUGGAUUCACCCGGGUCGACUGCUUCCGAUCAAAAGAAACCGCCAUCUGUCUCCAAAUCUAAGAAACAAGACGCGAAAAUAUCAGAUAUGAGUUCUGAUAGUCUGGUUUGGUUGUCACAUAGACUGGGGCCGGUCCUCACGGCUCGAUAUCUGUCACGAAAUUUGCUCAAAAUGUUGACUUUGUGCUAUGUGGGCAAGGAUAAUUUGACUCUAGUACAAAAAGAAGAACAUUCGAGGGAGAUUGAAACGCUUUCGGUGGUUAAUAGUUAUGUUUUGGGAGACCAAAAUGCGGUCAAGGUUUUGGAAUGCCUGACGAGUAUUGCAGGUUUGUACGGGGAGCAGCUGAUUCUGUUCCAAUAUAUCCCCCACAUGAGCGAAUUAAUCGCUUUGUGCAAAAGACGACUGACUCCCAAUUUGGAGGGGGGUUUGAUCUCAUGUCUCGCUUUACUACAACACGUCAUCCCUUAUUUAUCUGACUCAACUCUGAUGGAUCAUUUACAGGACGUGAUCUUAAAAAAUAUACUCCAUCCAAUUGUGAGACUGUUAGCUUCAACGAAAUACACAUUCCCAAGCGGUUAUACAGCUCGUAACAUUCUAGCUCGUAAAUAUUUGGACACACUGUACGUCCUUUCGAUACGAAUGGGUUCUGAUAUGACUCGAACCCAUUUGGCGGUUCCAGCACUUCAGAGGUUUUUUCUCAUUUUUGAUAAAGUCUUUUCGGGGGAAGAUGCACACCAACCGGAGGAUAGUCAAGUCAGCCAAUCGGAGAAGGAAGAAUCUCACUAUGUUGAAUUGUGUAGAGACGGAUCUGUUAAUGAAUGGAGUGUCGGGGGAAAACCGAUUCAAAUCUCGCGAAUGAAUGACACGGAUUCGGGGUUGCUACUAGAGGACGCAUCUGAGCAGAGUUUAGAUGAGUUGCGAAUGGCUUUCACUACUGAGUUGGCAUAUACGGCCUAUUUGCCUUUUUUGAGACAUAUAGGGGCUAAUUCGUUGGAGAUUUCGCUCAAAAAUCACAGUUUGAUCAAGGAGUUGUGUCAGGAGUACGAGCAGGGGGCCAAGUCGAGUGUCCCUAUACCGAAAUCGGCCGAUUUUAAAACCACGAUUUCGGCUUCGAGUAGUAUCGGGAGUAAUAUAGCCCUAGUUGGGAAUCGGAUCGAUGUCCAAACCGACGAUUUGGAAAAUGUUAAUACGGAUUUGUUGAGUCUUGUCAGUAAUCGAUUGGAGAAUAACAGUCGACAUUUGAGAGGCAACUGGUUGGCCUAUUGGGAGCACGAAAUUGGCCGCUCAGACAAAGACACAAUGUUUAAUUUCAAGCAAAUCAAAUUACAGACUUUCGCUGGUCACACACACAGUGUUAAGUGUCUCUACGUCCUAGAUAACGAAAAUAGUUUCAUAUCGGGGAGUAGGGACAAAACUGUCAAAUUAUGGUCACUGAGGAGUCAAGGAGACGGUUCGAGUGUCUCAACUUGUCAAUGGACAUACACAGCCCACAAAAAAUCAGUCCUUUCCAUUACUUUCAUCGAAAGUAUGAGACUAGUAGCGUCGUGCGACAGCGUAGUACACAUUUGGGACCCAUUCAUGGGGGUCAACGUGGGUCAUUUGGAGUCUCCCAGGUACCCCCCUGUUAACGUUUUAAGGAGUUUACCUGCACCGUCGAGUCUUGUAUUCGCUGCUACGACUGACGGAACGGUUAAAGUGAUCGAUACGAGAACUUGUAGCUACAUCCACGAACUAAAAGUGAGUUUGAACCCGACUGGGCUAAUUCGGUGUCUCGCGGUGUCCCCCUCAGGGGCGUGGGUGGCCACGGGUCAGUCAUCUGGUACCAUCACCGUUCUGGAUACUCGCACCGGAUUAAUUAUCUCGACUUGGAAAGCCCACGAGAGUGAAGUUCUCCAACUCAUCGCAGCCGACAACUCGACUCUUAUUUCCUCAAGUCUGGAUCAGACUAUCGGUGUGUGGAAUGCCAGCGAUGGCAAGUUUAAGUUUCAUCUCAGGUUAGUACCUCUCGUCCGAUUGAACCAUCUCAUUGCUAUUAAUAGGUCGUCUUUUAUCAGGGGGGCAACCGAGCCAGUGCACUGUUUGAAUGUUUACAAUAAUGAACUGAUUUCGGGGACGACGGCCAAUAGGAUUGGCGUUCACACGUCUAUCGACAUGGAGGCGUCGUUCUCGAGCACCAAGUUGAGGUCGGACGCGUUUAAGGGGCUGUUGACCUCCAUGGCGUUGCUGCCGUUGAAUAGACUUUUGUUGUUAGGGGCUGAUACGGGGACUAUUAAUUUGUUGUGUUGAACUCUUGCCUGGUAAGUAACCGUCGUUUGUUUUCAUAUUCCAGUGCAAUUCCGUAAAACCGAUGUGAUCUUUUGUUUUAUUUGUAUACCGAGAUUGUCAGGGACUAUAUUUACAGUUGAAUAACUUGCAAAAUUUUAUUUUGUACAGAAUAAUUAUAAUAGUUAGCCAAUCGGAAACCAUCACGGGUGAUGGAUUGUUGUUACCUAAAGGCUAGUGUGUUUUAUUUAAAGUCCCUCAAAAUCAAAAAUAAUCGUGGCGAGUUGUAGAUUCGUGUCACUAGUCAGUUCUCAAUGUAGGGCUAUUUUGUCAUCGCCACAUAUUUUUUAGAGACCUGUACUAUGAUUAUUUUAUCUUUAUUUACCUGUUCUUUAGUAUUAUACAAUCCAAAGAUAUGCAAUGCGUGAUGUAAUACAAUAAGUUGUGCAAAUAAAAUUUGUAAAGAGAGGUGUUUAGUCUGCGGUCC